AUAUCCAUAAUAAUCCAGCCUGCAAUCAGGAGCAGUGAAUAUGUGCGUGCCCGUGUGCAAGUGUGUAUGAGGCAGAGAGCGAGAGCGAGCGAGCGAGCGAGCGAGCGGCCGUGUGAGAGGAGUAGCGCGCGAGCAAAAGUGCGUACCAGCGGGAGAGCGCAUAAGCAGGAUAAGCAGCACCCGCGAGAUAGAGCGAGAGAGAGACCAUCCGCGAGGAACACGGCGAGGGCGAGAUUGCUGUAGCGCAACCGAAAAAGAAAAGAAAAAAGGAAAAGAAACAAGAGCGUUCCCUGUCGCGGUCGGAUCGGUCGCGCUGCUGCUGUGUGCUCUCUGGGUUCGGGUUUGGUGUGUCCCUGGCACUUUCCUGGCGUGUGUCCUGGCCUGGCAUGCAGGCAAGAUUGGCCUGCACGUACGUGAGUGUUGGUGCGCGCGCCCGAGUGUGUGUGGUGGGUUCUUUUGUAUAAUAGUGUUGUGUGAUUGCGUGCAUAAGAGCCAGGACGACGGUUGCUGUGGGGCAUCUAUCUCCUGAAAGGGUAGCCUGAAAAUGGGAAAAGGGUUAGUGUAAAAUAGUGAUAUCUUGCUGUGUCCGACAGGCGUGUCCGGCUACUUUCUGGAGCAACACGAUCGCUAGGCAAGGAAGCACAAGCGAAACCGCAUUGGAGUGUAAAGAGUGUGGCCAAAAAGCCUACAAAAGUGUAUCUGCUGCUGCUGCCAAAGUGUCUGCCACUGUAAAGGAAAAGUUGCAACGAAUCAGCAGUGUGUGUGUGUGUGUGACGAGAGCGCGCGUGUGUUUAUAUAAUUAAAAGGCAUCUUUUGGCCACAGUCUGCUGUGUCAACAGUGUGUGCGCGUGUGUGUCUGGCCCCACGCAACGGCUCAAUAGGGUGUCAAGUGAAGAAGUGUUGCCAAUAUUCAGCUAGAGGGCAGUUCUCCAAUCAGCGUGUGUGUGUGUGUCUCUCCCACGUGUUGUUGUGGUUGUUGUUCGAAAGCAAGUCCAAGGGAUAAAGGGCAACGAGAAGCGAUCUGUCCCAGCCAGGAUAACAAAACCACACAUCCACGCAAGAGUUGCAAGCGACUGUUGCGAGGACUGUUGGGCACAGAUACAGGGCACCGAGCAAAACAACACACACACACUCGCCUACUAGGAUCGACAACAAUAUCCAAGCCUUCCACGUAGUCGAUCGCCGCCGUCGUUGUCGUCGUCGUCGCUGCUGCUCGGUUCCCGGAGCUCAUGUACAGUUACAAAAAUGGUGAAAACAGUGCUGCUACCCCAAAAUAUUAGUAUAUUCGAGAUUUCUAAUCAUGACCGAGGCAUAUGAAGAUGAUUUCUUAGUUAGAGUACGCGCACAAGUGAUGGCCAGAGAUGAGAGCACGGAAGGAUGGUUACCACUGCAAGGCGGUGGCCUGGCGAACGUUUCCAUCCGCAAACGCGCCCGACUGCCACCGGACGGUGGCGGUCACGAGUACAUCAUCUACGGGCAAAGAAUAUCUGACCAAACCGUUAUACUAAGUUGUGUUAUUAAUAGAGACUUGCAAUACUUCAAAGUCAUGCCUACCUUUCAUCAUUGGCGCGCUGGAAAGCAACGGAACGGGCUCACCUUUCAGACCGCCGCCGAUGCGAGGGCUUUCGACAAGGGAAUCAUCCGUGCCUACGAUGACCUCAUUGAUGGUAUGGCUGAUGCAACGACACCAAACACCUCGAACCGUGUCGGUUCCCCCCAUCCCACCGGUACGUCGGACGAUACCGCCACCGAACUGCUGCUCCCGUUACGUGCUACGACGGUGGACGCCGAUGGUGACGCCGGUGACGGCUACAACGACGACGACGAUGAAACAGUUGGUGAAGACGACGUGUUCAUGACGCUGGACUUACCGAUUGAACCUUCGGAAUCACGAUCCAACUCGGAAGGCAGUGGAAGCCAUCAAAGCGUCGAUAAACAAUCACAACAGCAGCAGCAGCAGCAGCAAUCCAGUAUUCAAUACAUAUCGGGCGAUAAACCAUCACCGCUGAUCAGCAGCAGCAAGCCUGGUGAUGAAAAAGUGACUCCUCUAGUACCUGGUGAUAACUAUUCGUACGUUCAGAUAACCGACCAGCCGUGCGACAUCAAGCUAAAGUAUAAUUUCUAUCACUUGAAGGUGCACGACUAUAACUAUCCGGUCAUCGAAGAACCACCGAUCGGCGGCUCACUCAUCGGCGGGCGACGCGAUUCGACCUCGAGUCUCAAGAAACGGAACGCCCUGGACGCUGCCGCUAAUGCCGGGGCCACCUCCGUACCGCCCAUCAUGAAGGAAGGCACGCUCAUCAAGACACGGCUCCGGUGCAGAUACUGUCAGGAGUUUUACAACGAUGAGUGGAACCACAAGGGGUCGUGCGAUUAUGCGCCCGACUGCGUCCGGACGGCGAUCGAGAACGUGUCCGGGAUGCCGUGCGCCCGGUGCAUGCUGUACCACUGCAUGAAGGACUCGGAGGGUGAAACGGCAUCACAUCCGUGCCUGUGCACCGGCGAGUCUGGCUGCACGAAGCGGUGGAUCGGGCUGACGUUACUUUCCCUGCUGGUGCCAUGCCUUUGGUGCUAUCCGCCAUUGCGUGCUUGCCACUGGAUCGGCGUUCACUGUCGGUUGUGCGGUGGCAAGCACAAACCACAAAUUUGACAUCCGAUCAAAAUCAUUAACCUUACAAGUAUUAAUCGGCUAGAUUGAUAAUCGCCAUAAAGUGUGCAGCUCUCGAAGAUAGCAGUAGGAGGAAAACGGAAAGUGUAGUGUAAUAGGAUCACCUUCGGUGCGCAACAGCAGCAGAAGCAGCAGCAGCAGCAGCAAAAUACUUAUAACGGUUAUGAGACACAGAAGAAGAGAGGAGGUGAUUUGAAUCCGCUUUUUGCAACGGAUUGUGUGCAAAUACACAUACCCCUCCGCGGACCCCCCGCGCAAGGACAAUGGGGCAGCAUACAGACACAUUCAAACACACACACACACACAUGCAUAUACAGACAGAAAAGAAAGAAGAAAGAACAAACUCUUCCCCACAUUCAAUCCGAGGAAUAGAAGGUAAUAGUAGUGAUAAGGAAAAGAAGCUGGAAAGCGUUCCAAUCCCACUGUGGGAGAGAUUCGGAAAGGGGGACUGCUGGUGGCCAUUAGUAGUAGGAGGGGGCGGAGGUUUUGUGUAGAAGCAGGCAGAACAAACGCCUACAGGACAAUGGCGCAGUGUCGGCGCAGCAGGCAGAAAAACACCAAUACCACCCCCCCAAACCCAGCAUCUGCUACAGAACACCGUCAAUAAUUAACCAAAGUUUUGCACGAGUGCGCAGUUGCGCAAUUGUGUGGAUCCAGGAUUGAGCUGUUUCGUGUUUUUCUAGCAGAAACCGUGAAAGGGAAAUCGGAACUAGUGAAUGUUUUCUAACGAACAGGUACGGAAAAUCAAUGUAGCGAAACACAAAACCCAGACAAGAGAGGAGAAACGAUUGUUUAGGAUGCACACAUGUGGCAUAGAAAUAAAGUUGCGCCAACGCGCAGAUUGCGCGAUAUUCGUAAUACAAAGCUACGACAGAAUCCAUUCGAAACGGAAAGACGAAUGCGGAAUCGGAUGCAAAAUGCAUUUCGAUGGGCGAUCAAGAGAAGGUUUGAGAAAGAGGUCACCACCCGUUGAAGGUGUGAAAAACGACUGUUUCAAACCGAUUUUUGCAAAGGCGAAGCACGCAACAACAACAAAAACAUAGUAAAUCAAACCUCCAACAAAUAAAUAAACCCAGUUUGCUACUACUGCUACUACUAAACUCUAAAACAAAACUAAACUAAACUACCGAAUGUACCGUGUACGAAACUUUGUAUAGAACGUCCUCGCCCUUCCCCCAUUUGCAAAGAAACAUAGAACACAUGAAUUACUGGAGAAAACAGAACUUAAACCGCGGUGUGACAGUUUGUUAGCAGUGAAAUGGAAGAUACAAAAAACAAGAAACAAAUAAUGCAGUUCACUCCCGUUUAGAAGUAGAAACUGUAUCACCGUAAGACAUCCUUACCGGCACAAUGAUACACACCAAACAGAAAUGAAGAUUAAACUGAAAUUAUGUUUCUCCUCUUACUUUACGGAGUGGAGUGUCACGCCAUCGGGUGAGUUUGUGGCCAUACAAUUUACAAUUGUUAAUUCAUAUCGAUUCAAUCUUUAUGAUGAACCCUUUUUUACGAAAGCGAAAUCGUUACCACGUUGUUGUGCUUCUAUUUCCACACAAUCUCGAACAACGAGAAGAGAGGGACUUUAUUUAGUUCGGAAACUCUCCCAGUGCUCUACAGUAGCAGGUAUGCGUCGUUCAAUCGCAUCGGAAAUAUUAAACCAUUUCGGAGACAUUUAUGUGACUGUUUGAAUGACCUAUUCAAGAUGAAAUUUAAUAAGCAACGCAAACACGACAACUUCUUUCGUACGUGUGUUGCUGCUUCACUGUUUCGUACGAAUCGAUGUUACUUUACGGGAGUUACUUUGUUCUAAAAAAGGUGCAGUCUAGUAUUAUUUUUAUUGUGUGCUGAUUUUAACAUAAUUCAUCCGUUCCACUCAAUUCCUCGACAUACUUUGUGGGGGGGUUACAUACCCCACCUAAAGCGAAUGUUUGACCGCCGUUGUUGACCCCUUACGUUGCGCGUUAGUUAAGAACACACACACAACUGCACUCACACAAAUCAUUAAGUAAGUGUGAAUGCACGAAUGCUGCUUUCGUUAGUAUAUGAAAAGUUCUAAACGUUUUCUUGCGUCCGAGAGAUUGUUACUUUAUCUAUACAAAAAGAAGAAGAAGAAGAAAACAAUGAUAUUAUUAUGCACAUGCGCUCGUUGCAUUUGUUGGCAGUUGUUGGCAGCAAAACAGGUCAAUCGUGUCGUGUUCGUUCGGUUUUUGGUCCAAUAAGUUUUUGCCACGUUUUCAGUGGAAAAAUUAUUACACACACCGACCGGCAGACGGCAGAAGCUAAUCAUUUCUUUUAUGUUUUUCCAUCCGCUCUUCAAACACGUUUCGUCUAGUGUUAAUAUCGGCGAUCGUGUUGUACAUUACCAGUGCGUAUUUAAAACAAAAUGGAAAACCAAAAUUAAAGGGAAAACACAAUAAGGAACCAAAAACUCUGAUCGCUGUAAAACUGAUAGAUAAGCUGUUUAAUGAUGAGGAGAAGGAGGAGAAGCAAACGAAAUAGCUACAAAAAGGAGCACGAAAACCAAGCUCGAUAAUGAUAAGAAAGCGCAACAGUGGCGUACCAUCACCACGUGUCGUUGUGGCUUCCUGUUCCCUGUGUUCAUUUUGGGUAGGAUUCGCUUCCCGCCAUGAUGCACUCGGGAGAGGAUCGGUGAAAGCCGCCAUGGCCAUAAAAUGCAGAAUCUGUUUUUCAUCCUUAAAUUACGCCCCCAUUGUUUCCUUCUUUUCGUUCAAGAAAAGCGUAUUAGCGUCCCCGAGGGAAGAAAGGACUCGCGAGCAGUGGUGGAGGUACUCGAGCUUGCCGAGGGCACCAAAGCUUCCGGUCGAACUGUUGUAAGGGCUCAAUAAUGGUUCGAUUGAUGCUUUAAACGUCCCAGCGCAGUGCGAGCCUACACUCUCUGUUUCCCGGGUUCCCUUCGACUCCCCGAAAAGCUGAAGACGUAUAAAGUUGUUGAUCGAAUUUGCAAAGAUCAAUAGAAGAAGAAGAUGAGGAUAUGGAAAGAAUUUAUAUAUAUACGUGCAAAUAUCUAUAAAGAAAGUAGAUAAUACAUAAAACCAUGCAGCAGCAGAAGAAGAAGGUCGAUCACACACCACAACACAUUCGAGCAAAGCAGGAAUGCAAUGAAUCAUGCAUUGGCACUCACAAACCAUCUCCCAUAAAAGCAAAAAACCAUACAAGUGACGAUUCAGAAAAUGCCAUUUGCGAACCAGCAUUCGAAGCAAGAACAAAUAAUUUAAAUGGAAAAACAAAACAAAACACAUGGCUCGUGCCAAUGGUGCGUUCAGGCGAAUACAGUUGCGCGCCAUUACUACACGUGUCGUGUACACGACGGUACAACAUAAUGUAUGUAUUCUUAUUCAAAAUAUUCAUGUUUUACUGUUGUAUCGAUACACAACCAAACACGUAAUGGGAAAAUGUCUGUGUGUGUGUGAGAGUAUUUCAUAAAUGGUGCAGUGUAAACCACGGGCACCACACUCACGCAAAGGUAGGGCUAAUGCAACACGUUAGUGCCGUGUCAGUGCGCGACACCCUAUAAAGACUAAAAUGUGGUGUGCCGAAAGGGAGAAGAAAACUGCAACCGACACCGUGACCGAACAAACGAUAAUACCACAGGCAGCAGUUACGAAAGCAGCACACUUCAUUUGCCAUUUUGCAGCUACUUAAUCAUCUAAAAAAGAAGAGAAAACAAAAACACUAAAAGCUUACUAUACCCGUUAGCAUAGAGAAAGGAAGAAAGCCAUGAGAGACACGGAGUGUCAAGGAACGGAAUGCGGAACCUACGGAUCACGCGUGGAACGAAACACGAAACACGGAAUAAAGUGAUCCUGCGAAAGGAGGUGGAAAAUAAUAUGUAAUAAUAAUGAAAUACAACAAACAUGCAGAAAAAAAGAAACAAAUGCGCGUGCAGCCCUUUUGUGGCGUGAUGUGUACAAUUGUGUAAUGGAAAUGAAUUGAAAUUUGAGGAUUUCUUUCAAUUGAUUUCUUUUCCGAAACCAAUACACAUCCCACGACGCCGACGACCCCCGGCUCUCGGUCCGGUAAAGGCAAAUGCACCGGACCCCGGUAGACACACCCCCCCACACACACUCUCCCUCUCUCUCUCUUUCUCUCAGAAAAGAGCAACAGAAAACGGCAUUAAGCGCUGCGCAGCAGUGUGCGCUGUUGUGCCCAUUAUAAAUAUAUGCAAAUAAUACAUAAAUUAUAUUGAAAAA